CUUAAUGUAGAUGAAAAUGGGCAAAGUGAUAAAGAAUAUGAAGUUGAGGCUAUAAUUAAUUGGAAAAAGGAGAACGGAAAAGAUUAUUAUAAGAUAAAAUGGCUAGAAAAUUUAAAAAAUUGUACAGAGUUAUUGCGUCAAUUUAGAAAAUCUAGAGCAACAAAAAGAGUGACUAUUUCUGAUGAUGAUGAAUAUAAAGAUUCAGCACCUGAAGAAAAGCCAGUAUACCAAAAACGCGUCGAUAAGAUUUUCAAAGAUGAUGUCGAUGACGAUAGGAAAAAUGACGUUUUUAGUAGACCCGUCGAAUCCUCUACACAAAAUGAAUGUAGAGAAUCGUCCAAUAAAACUAAGAAUAAUAGAGAUCGUAGAUUACUAGCUGCAAUAAAAUUUAAAAAAAAUCGUAUUGCCAGUUCAUCAAAAGUGGAAAAUGACGAACCUAGACGUAGCAAUUACGUUAGUUUAUCAUCCAGUCCGAACAAUGACGUAUUUAUUAGUUCAUUGGUAACAGAUCUCAAAAAAGAGAAUCUUGAAGCCUCGUCUAUCGGUUCUUCAUCCGGGAAUGCACCGAAAAUUUCAAAAAAAAGACGGCCAAGGUUGUUAAUGCAUCGGGAAAUAAUGCCCCCAUGGUCACCGGCUUCCUCUUUUGAACCACUUUCAAGAAAAUUAGGUGAAAAAUCAAAUACGUCAAUGACCUCUAUAGAGAACAAUAAUCGGGAAGAACUUAGUCAGUCUGUGAAAAAAGAACAUAAAGAACUUAGUCAGCCUGUGAAAAAAGAACCUAAAGAACCAGCUAAUUUGAUGGAUACCGAUGACCAGUGUGAACCUAUGUUAUCACCGGUACCAGUAAGGGUAAGGACUGACCAUCAAUGGCAAAUACGGAAAACGGAUAGACUCGUGAUUGAACAUGUUCAACUACAAAAACGACUUGUUAAAAUAAUUGAGCAUGAUGCGGCGGAUUAUGGAAAAGAAUCAGGAAAUGAACCAUUUUACGCUAUAUACUUG